CAUCGAAUUUAUUCGAUGUUUCUGAAGCAUCGGUUAAAAUCGCGCGACCAUACGUAUCGUUCCAUUACUAGCGGCGUUGAAAUCUCAAACAAUUUUGUAUCGUGCAUGAUACAAUAAUUAAAGGAAAACAUUGAUAAAUUUUUCUACAAGCAGCUCUGAAGUUUCACUACAGCGUGAGAGCUGAUCGAAGUUCAAAAUAGAAAAUAUACAGCCCUCAUCAUGAACGUGUCGACAUCAACCAGAAAAAUCCAAAUUGAGCAAAGUGUGCCAAGUGGUUCAGUUGGAAAAGGCCUAAGGCGCAGUGUGGAUCCGAAUGAAGUGGUUAUUAGGCGUAAAUUAGGUGAAGGUUCUAAGCCGUUGUUUCAACGAGAUGAUAUAGUUGUAAACCCGAAGAACGUUAGUGAUUCCGCGGAGGAUCAUACACAAAAACAACUGGUUAGUGGAAGUAACAUUUCUGAAGAUCUUUCUAAACAUUGUCGAAAAGAACAUCGCAACUCCAGAGGUUCCAGAAGUCCGGAGCGAAUUCAGAAAUAUAAGAACCGAAACAAUGAGUGUGCAACUAGUGGCAAUACAAGUGCUUCGCGACACACUAAAGUAGAUAAACCUGCUUUUGAUAGUCUCGGCCCAACAAGAAAACGUACGGCUCGCCGCGACUCACCACCAACAUAUAGUCAUCGACGAAGGACACCUGAAAAACUUCCAUACUUCAUAGAUGAGGUAAGGGAACGAGAUCGACUACGACGAAAAUAUGGAACUAAGCCCGAAAAACCAUUGUCAUCGCUUCCCUCGUCAAGGUCGCGCCGUAGUCGUAGUCGUCCGACAUCACGUUCUCGUUCUCGUUCUCUAGACUCUGCGCAAUUUAAAAACCGUUCAAAAAGCCUCCGCACACAGCAUCGUUCAAUUUCAAGAGAUCGUUAUUUGGGCGAAUCUAGUCGAAGAGAUCGGACACACUCGGAUAAGACAAAAGACAAGACACACUCACGCUAUCGACAUAGAUCGGAAGACCGAGGCAAAAGUGACCGCCGGCGUAGAAGUUCGCGGUCACCUUCAAAAUCGCGUAGUCGUUCCCGUGAUCCUUCAACACGAUCGCGUAGGCAGAGCAGUCAUAAUGAACGGCGUAGGCAUAGAUAUAACGACCAGGAUGGGCCGUCGAUUACGAUGAAUCAAAGAAGCUUACUACAUCCGCAAAUCAUACCCAUUCCAAUACCAGUGCCAGCGGAUUUUAUGAAUUAUUCAUAUUCGACAUGGCCAACAAACAACCACUGGGCGCCACCAAUGAUGGCACCACGACACGGGCCGCAUGGCACUUACCACAUGCAAACCAUUUUACCUGGAGCUAUGAUGCCACUACUGCGGCAACCGUUGCCGCCGCUCGGCUUAUUUCCACCUCCACCACGUUAUGGUGGUCCUGGUUUUUGGUUACCUAUGCAGUAUGGACCUUCGGGACAUUGGCGACCUAGCUUUCGACCGAAAAAUACAUAGAAUGUGAUUAUUAUUUAUAAUUUAAGUAUACUGUAUAUCAAUGUGCAUAUUUUUAAAAAACCUUUUAUUAUGAAAAUGAGUUAGUAAGGAACUAUAAGACUUGGCUAAGCUUGAAAAAGUUUACAUCAAUAUUUUGUGAAAUUUAGAAAUCAAAUUUGAAACUUAUUGUAUUAUAUUCUAUUACCAGGAAAAAAGUAAAAUUCGAUCAGUU